AAUUUCCACUUGCCUUUUUCAGACAGACCCUCGACAACUGCUUUACUCGGUUCCGUGUCCAAGUUUCAUUCAUUGUAUACGCUUCAUGAUUUCCCGCUUCGCAAAAUCUUUUCUUGCGGUUGUCCUUGGCCUUUUUCUACUGGCUGCGGUGGCAUUGCUCCACCCGCCUUCCCGCGCGUACAUCGACCCAUGGACCGGCGACUUCUUCGGUGAAGGUGGCGUUGAACAGGAUCUACGACCUCCUCUUUAUAAUGGCGCAAGGCCUUUGUCGGUUCAGGGAGGUGUCAUCAUGUCGAAGCUAGAGAAUGAGACUGCCAAGGCGGAACUCGGUCGUGCGACGUGGAAAUUGCUACAUACUAUGACUCUGCGGUAUCCUGAGCGCCCGACACAAGACGAAAGAGAUGCUUUGAAUUCAUACUUGCAUCUUACGUCGCGCCUAUACCCCUGUGGCGAAUGCGCGGCCGAAUUUCAAGAAUUGCUGAAGAAGUUUCCACCACAGACAGGAUCAAGAUUGGCAGCAAGUCUAUGGCUGUGCUCAGUGCACAACGAAGUCAACGAGCGGUUAGGAAAGCCAUCAUUUGAUUGUGCCCACCUUGAUGAAACAUAUGACUGUGGGUGUGGGGAUGACAAAUCAACAUCCUCAGCGCGACAACCAGCGCCAUCUGACAACGCUGACGACCCAAUGGAUCUGGAAUGGGACAUUGCACGGGACGAUGUGACUGGUGUAGGAAUGAUCAAAGGUGGGAAGCGGUAGCCACCACGCUGCCAAAUGUGUUUGCGUCGGGCUGUCUGGCGUCAUUUUACACAACGGUUUGAUCGGCUUUUGUGCGUUUCCUGGGGGUUUUUGGUGUAUCUUCUAUGGUUGUAUAUAUACCCCCCUUCUCUCUUUACUUGGAUAUACUGAUACAUUGAUGUACCAUGGGUUACCGGUUAAUAGUUCAACAAGGUUGGGCAUGGGCAUUCACAUUAAUAUUAAGUUGAUCUUGGUCCACUUUCGCUGCAGUGAUGUAUUAUAUCCUUCUCUUAUGACAUCUGGUCUAACGAUUUCAAGCUGCCAAAUUGUUUUUAGAGAUUUACUACAGCUGAAACGUGUGUUUCGAACCCUAGGCCAUGACGCCAACCAUGCUUUACUUAUUUCCAGCAAUUGGUUACUGCCUGUGGCCUAGCGUUUAUCCGAGUGAGA